UGCUUGACCCUCGAAGGACAAGAAAUAUAAAGAUCAUCUCUUGGUCGGGGUUCAAUCAAAGGUCUGCGUCGUUUCCUCUGGGUCGACUGGAGAAAGACGAGCGAUAAGGAAACAGGCAGUCCCUCACAGAAAGGAAUCCGAGAUUUCACCCUUCCAUUCGCCCUCUCCAUCGUCUCGAAAAACACCGGAAUCCCGUGUUCGUCGACAUUUUCUCCGCUUUCAACAUGCGAUUCUGCCUUGCACUCUCGACGAUCCUGUUGGUGCUGUGCGCCCUCCUCCUCCGCUUCGGAGACUCCGGGCCCCUUCCAGAUGCCGGGCCCCUCCCAGACGCUGGGCCCCUCCAAGGCGACAACGACAAGGCGAAAGGAUCCGUUCACGUUUACGAUUCGAAAGAUGUGUACAGUCACAAGGGUAAUCCGAACUGCGAGGAACACGAAUUCUCUCACCAGGAACCGAGCUGGCUGGGUCUCCGCUGAUGUUUCCUCUUUCGUCUUCAUUCGCAAAGAAAGUCCAUGAAUGAAACUAGUUUUUCAACUCCA